AGAACCACUAAAGUAAAGGAAGAAAGAGGGAGGAGGGGUAAUCUCAAGAUAUCUGUGUGAUGAAGGAGUUAGAUGUUAACACUUCUCUAAAGAAUGAGAUAGAGGAGGAAAAGCUACAAAGGGAACUCUUCAAACUCAGUCGAUCUGGCAGGAGAGCAACUCAUCAGAUAGACAAGCUAGAGGAAAGUAUAACCCAACAUUUCCUGGAGGUAACUUGUAAAACUAGCAAGGUAACGGACGUCCGGAAACAGCGAACAUUCCAGUUAAUGAACCUGGGGCAGAGUCAGCGUCCUUCAACUACCGACCUCAGAUCAGCAUCAAAAGGGAACUUCCGGCCAAAUUCAGCAGUUCACUACAUCCCAAGUACAGAGAUAGAUCCUGAAGAAAAAGAAGCAGUUCACACCGAUCAGUUUGGACGGCCUGAUAUCGAACGGAUACACAGAGAAAGAGCGGACAAGUUCUACCACCACAAAAUAAACAAACUGAUGACUAUGAUGAACGACAGGACGAGCAAGAGAAGAGCAAAAUCAGCCCCAUCCUCCCGAGUUCCACCAACUCAACAAUACACUAUUAACAACCUGCCUGAAACCAUACCAGAGAACAGACCGAUGACGCGAGGAGACGCUGAAUACCAGCUGAAGAAGAUGAGAGUGACACUACAACAGAAACAACCAGCCAUGUUGUACGGGGAAGUUAAGGACAGUACGGACACUAAGAAGGAGGCAAAUCACAGGGCUUCAUCUGGUGUAAAGAGGGACAUGUCCUGGAGCUCUCUAACUAGGAACAUGUCUCGAAGCUCACUUAACAACCAGGGAGGCCGCAAAAGUAGUGCUUCAAGUCAAGGAAGAAAUUCGAGCGCCAAUAGGGCGACCUCUUCAAGCCAAGAGAGGCGCACAAGUGCAACCAGAGAGAGGACCUCAGGAACUCCUCAGGGAAUCUUCACCAGCCAGAACAGGGUCACUUCUGCUCAGAGUAACCAGAACAGGGUCACUUCUGCUCAGAGUAGACGAGCAGUAUCUGCUGCUCUUCCGAGGCGGACUAGCUUCAAACCUCCGGCAGAUGAUACGGACUCUGACUCUGACUCUGACUCGGACUCCUCCGCCUUUCUCCCCGCAAGAAGGCAGCCAACUCCAGGCCCUGCCUCUGCUCUCUCUUCAGAUCAAUCUUAUUUCAAUGCGCAGGGUCUUAAAUUACGAGAAUAUCAGGAGAAGAAAUACCCCUCCCGUUUUUUGGAUCCUAACCCUGAUUUUCGAUCUAGACAGAAACCCUUCCCGAUCUUGUUCGAUCCAAAACUCGAGAAAGCGUACUCCACAUUCUGUCGAAGAGCAGCGAGAGUAAAAACGAUCUCACAAACACAACAAGAGCUGGAAGAUAUCGUGAUCCAGUCCAAGGAGAAAGAAGAACAGCUAGAGAUCUGGGAGCCUGGGUAUGUUCACAAACAGGCAUGGACUAAAGAUGGGGCUACGCCUAGAGUGGCAGCUGCUACAGAAAACUCAAAACAGUGGGAUACCGGUCCAAAAUUUUGAAGUCUGCAUAUAAUAGAAUAUUUAUAUAUUUCAGUUUGAUUAAUGAUGCAUAGGGAAUGGCACUUGGCAGUUUGGUUUGAUGGAACCUAUUUGAUACUUGAAGUUAUUUUUAAUUUGAUGAAAAAUGUUCGAUACUGUUGUUUUAAUUGAAAUUAAGUUUGAAGUCUGAUGUGAAUGUAA